AUGGAAACUAGUGAGCGGAGUGAGUCCAUUAUGAAUGCAUUGUCAAACCUCAUGGGCCCCACUUUCUCUUCACGCGCGCUCUCAUCCAACGGUCCCAAUCACACCCGCAAUAAACGGAAGUGCAUUUCCAAGAACCAUGCUCGUUCCAUCCAACGGCUCACAAUUCUCUUUCACUCUUUCUCUCUCCUUCAAAAUCUUCAGACAAAAGAAAAAUGCUCCCGAACGCCAAACGCAUUCUGGCUGAAAUUCUCUGCAUCUUCUUCAUCACUGCCCUUCGCUGAUUCCUCUUCCAUUUUGUUUCUUUUCUUCCAAAAGCUUAGGUUUUGCUCUGCCACCGUGAUCUUUCCCCCCAGUUUGCUCGGUUUAACGUUGUUGUCAAUUUUGGUGAAAGUAAUUGCUUUUGUGCUGGUCAGAUUUCUGGGUUUGUCUUAUCUGAUAAUCUGGAGUGGAGCUAAGUCAAGAUGCCGUGGGUUUCCUUGUUUGUGGAUCACAAAAGAAAUUGUGUUCGCUUGGUGGUGUUUUUUCGCGUGA